AUGUUACUUAAGCUUUUGAAUGAGGCUUUUCCUAUAGGCACAAAACUUCCAAGUUCAUAUUAUCAAGCUCGGAAGGUUACUACAGAUUUGGGUUUCACGUAUGAGACUUUUGAUGCUUGCCCCAAUAGUUGUAUGUUGUUCAGAAAAGAGGAUACAAAGCUUGAUAAAUGUGUUAUAUGCAGUAGUUCUAGAUGGAAACAAAAUGGUGGUGUUGGAAAUGAUGCAAGGGAAUCUGGUAAACGGGUAGCAGCAAAACAGAUGAGGUAUUUCCCUUUGAAGCCAAGGUUGCAGAGAUUGUUUAUGUCAUCGAAAACGGCAAAGCUCAUGAGAUGGCAUGCGGAAGAACGAGUUGAUGAUGGUGUGUUAAGGCAUCCUGCUGACUCCCUCGCAUGGAAGGACUUUGAUCGGCGAAACACUUGUUUUGCUAGUAAUAGUCGUAAUGUACGUCUUGGGUUAGCUACAGAUGGAUUCAACCCAUUUAGAUCAAUGAACAUAGUUCAUAGCACUUGGCCAAUUGUGUUGAUUCCGUAUAAUUUACCACCAUGGAUGUGCAUGAAACAACCAAAUCUGAUUUUGUCUGUGCUGAUUGAUGGGCCAAAAGGACCUGGCGAUAAGAUCGAUGUGUAUGUGCAACCAUUGAUUGAAGAGUUGAAGGAAUUAUGGGAUGAAGGUGAACAAACAUUUGAUGCAUCAACCAAUGAAAUGUUUCAAUUGCAUGCAGCUUUGUUAUGGACAAUCAGUGACUUUCCUGCCUAUGCCAACUUAUCAGGAUGGAGUACGAAAGGUGAAUAUGCUUGUCCUCGCUGCAAUGUGAAAACUCAAUCAUAUUGGUUGAAGCAUGGUAGGAAGUAUUCAUACAUGAGUCAUCGUCGUUUCUUACCAGUUAAUCAUAAAUUUCGAAAGGAUAAAGUAUCAUUUGAUGGUAGUCGAGAAUGGAGACUAAAACCUCAAAUUUUAUCUGGAUCUGAGACGUUGCAUCAGUUGGAAUCAGAAGGUGUCCUUAGUCAGUACAAGAGGAAUGACCUGAAGGAAAUGUUCAGGAGACAAGAAGAGAGGGAAAAUAACGGAAGAAAAGGCCAUAAUUGGAAGAAAAAAAGUAUAUUCUAUGAAUUGUCGUAUUGGGAGCACAACUUAAUAAGACACAAUCUCGAUGUGAUGCACAUAGAGAAAAAUGUCUGCGAUAAUAUAUUGUGGACAAUACUAGGAGUUGGAGGAAAAUCCAAAGAUAAUGUGAAUGCUCGACGUGAUUUACAAGAAAUGAAUAUCAGAAAACCAUUGCACUUGCAGUCAAGAGGGUUCAAUAAAGUUUAUGUACCUCCUGCACAAUUCACAAUGAUCAAUGAUGAGAAAGAUAUGUUUCUCAAAGUACUCAAGGAAGUAAGAGUACCAGACGGUUAUGCAUCCAAUAUCUCGCGACAUGUGCGCUUACAAGAUAGAAGUAUUUGGGGUCUUAAGAGCCAUGAUAGUCAUAUUUUGAUGCAACAACUUAUUCCUUUAGCUAUACGGAGGUCCUUGCCUAAGAAUGUGAUUGAACCAUUGAUUGAGUUGAGCACUUUUUUUAGACAAUUGUGCUCCAAAGUGAAUCGUACAAGUGAUUUGGAAUAUAUUCAGGAUCGUAUAGCAAUAACUCUUUGUCAUCUUGAAAAAAAUUUUCCACCAUCUUUCUUUGACAUAAUGGAACACUUGCCUAUACAUCUUGCUGAUGAAGCUUUGAUCGCUGGAGCAAUACAGUUUCGAUGGAUGUACCCGAUUGAAAGGUUUCUUCUUACAUUGAAACAAUAUGUGCGUAAUCGAGCUCAUCCAGAGGGUUUAAUAGCUAAGGGGUAUUUGAUGGAAGAAUGCAUGAACUUUUGUUCUCGCUAUCUCCUUGAUGUGGAAACCAAAUCUAAUCGACCGAGGAGAAACAAUGAAGGUGAUAACAACAUGGGUCGAGCUGUAGGCGAAAGUACAACAUUUUAUCUUAAUGAUAAUGAAUUACAACAGUGUCACCGAUAUGUGUUGUUCAACACAAGUUCAGUUGCACCGUUCAUAAGCAAACACCUUGAAGUCAUUAAGAGCAAAAUGCCACGUGCAAGCGAUCAUCAAAUUCAAUCUGAGCAUUUCGAAACAUUCUACACUUGGUUUAAGGACCAUGUUCAGACCUUGCGAAGGACAAGUAAUAUUACAUUUACUGAAGAAAUCAAUAGAUUAGCAGAUGGUCCUCAUACCUUGGCUAGGUGGUUCAAUGGUUACAUUAUCAAUGGGUUUCAUUUUCGUGUGAAGGUUGUGGAUGAUCAUUGGGUGACUCAAAAUAGUGGUGUAGCUUUAAAGGCUGAUACAAUGAGUUAUGCUAGUCGGAAGGACAAGAGUCCUCGCGUCGGUGCUGUGUACUACUAUGGACAGUUGACUGAUAUUGUCGAAAUCCGGUACACUAACAAUAUGAAAUAUGUGUUGUUUAAGUGUGAUUGGAUUGAUAACACUAGGGGGAAAAUGGAAGACGCUUUCAAAUUCACAUUAGUCAACUUCAAUCGUUUGUUGUACCCAACCGAUCGUGUUAGCAAUGAACCUUUUAUAUUAUCAUCCCAAGCCGAGCAAGUUUGGUAUGUUCCUGAUCCCUUCGAACUAGAUUAG